UUCAUGGAGAGGAAUUAUCCCGCUGCAGGCUUCGGAGAUCUCGGGUCUGGGACGGGAUGGAGUUACGACAGAUCGGGCAAAGCAAGCCUUGUGUAUGGGAGCUCCAGGUCAUCCCACCCAGACUCAGAGCUGCUACACCGGCAAGGCUAUGGCACCCCUCACCCCCUCCAGGGCUAUGCAACCAACCACCACCCAGGAAGCUCCAGACAGGGCGCGGCCUGGGGUGCUGCUGGACGCACACUUGGCCUGUCGGGGCUGUUUGAUGCCAGCCUGCACCACGCCAGCCCCUCGGGUCCUGAUCCGUCCGUCAUGAAUCUGAUAUCAGCCCUGGAGUCCCGGGGUCCACAGCCCCCACCCUCUGCUUCCUCCCUCCUCUCUCAGUUUCGCACUCCCACUUGGCAGACUGCAAUGCAUACACCAGCCCCAGCGGAGCUCUUUAUUUCAGGGGCGCUUCCAGGUUCCAGCUCCUUCCCUUCCCCCUCAGCCCUUUCUGCAUACCAGCAUCCUGGCUCCUUCUCUGGACGAUCUUUUACCCCUUCACUAUCCCUGCAGGACACGACUACAUUUAGCCCGACUUCCAACGGUUUGCUGUCCCCCCAUGAUCCCCUGCUGCACAUCAAAACACCCUCCCAGUCCAGCUUGGGAUUUGAUCGCUUGUUGUCUUCCCAGAGCACCACCUACCGGGGCUCUCAGGAGCUCCCAGCCCCUCCUCAAUCCCAAGCCCCUCCGACCUCCUCCAGUUGCCACCUGCCCCCUCCCCAGUUCAACCUGUUAUCCUCCCAACUUCACAACCAGUCCUCUCAGCUCUAUAAUGCCUCCAUGUUCUCUUCCACGCCAGCCCUGUUGCCCACGGCCCCCCCUCAGUCCCAGCCGCCUCAGGAGAGGACGGUAUCCCGGCAGGACAGUGUGAUCAAGCAUUACCAACGCUCGUCCCCAGCCCAGUCUGCAACACUCCCCUUACAGCAGUAUGCCAGCUGUGGUGGGUCAUCGGGCUACCAGCAAAUACCAAGUCACCAUCGGCAUGCUGGACUGUCCUGCAGUCCCCUGGGGGAGCAGAGCCCAUCCUCAGACCCCAAACCAUCACCACGGACAGAAUCCCAGAUAUAUCGACCUAUCAUUCAAACUCCCUAUCCUUCCUCCUCCUCCAGCUCCUCUGCCCCUUCCUCAUCUGUCACCAAAGGAGCCAAAAGUUCCAGCUCCAGCAGUGGCUACUCCUCUUCAGGCUCAGCAUCAUCCUCUUCCCGUACCCCACACACUCCUCCAUCAGCCUCCUCCACUUCCUCCGCAUCCUCUUCUAGCUCCAAGACUAGUACCGGCUCCUUGUCUGCCCCCUCUCGUCAGCAACCCCCGCCUCAGUCAGCACCGGCACCACCUCCUCUGCCAGUGGUGUCAUCCACACCUGUUCAACAACCAGCACCCAAACAAUGCCUCUCCACCUAUGGCUCUCCAUCUGUGGCUAAACCCAGCACAGACCUACAAGGCCAGACCCCACCCCAACAACAUGCCCAGUCAUACUCUCCCAACCAGCCUCCAUCUACACACAUGACCCAGUCUUAUGGGGGCUUCAACUCACCUCAUGCCCAAGACUUGAGCUCUGGAGCAGGGGGCAGUGGAGGAAAGGCUUUCAGUGGUUUAGGUGCAGGAGGACGCUCAUUCUCUGCAGAGAUAGUCUUUGGGGACUCAAGCUAUGGCUCAGCUACUCUGAGAAGAACAGACAGUCCUUCCUUAGGGUAUGGGGGCGCUGGAGGAUCAGCAGGAAGUGGAUCUGCAGGAUCAGGAAGUGGUGCUGCUGGGGUUAGUAAUGCUAGCAGCAGCUCUUACCACUUGAAUGAGUCUUGUCCCUCACCCUCCAUCAAUUCCGCUAUCAGCCGACCUGGGCUGCAUUCUCCUGCUUCUGUUCGCCCUGCACAGUCUCCUGGAGGCUCAGGGGCCAACAAAUACUUGUCCUCCAUCCUCUCCCCCGCAUUUAUGUCCUCACCGCAAGGUUUCCCUGAUACACGGCAAGGGCAGAGUCAGUCUUACCACUCAACACCACCCAAACCAAAAACAGAGACCAACAUGCUGGGAGUCGAGCGCUCCCAAGAUGAGGAAGAGGAUGAUGAUGAUUUCCUCAUUCACCACUUACUACAGGCCCAGAGCUCAACUCCCCAUCCUUCUCAGCAUCAUCCACCUCCUCAGCAACUACCCCAACUGCUCCCACAGGCUGGGGAUGAGGAAGGCAAGGGGGUGACCUAUGACAUUGACAAGAUAUCAGAAGAGCGGUACCACCUUCAGAGUGUCAUUCGUGCCAAUAACACCACCAGCAGUUCAGAUCCUGGAACAGCAAUUGGUGACGCAAACAGUGGGUUGAAUAGUCAGUUAGACAUAUCACAGAAGAAACAGCAGCCGCCCAAAUCAGAGUUGGCCAUAUCAAAGUCCACUGCUGACUCUCUUUCCCACUCCCAUACUACCCACUCCCAUCAACAGCAACAUGACUCCCUGGAUUCUGUGGUUCAUUAUGGAAGGGGAGACCCCUACACACAGCACCCACACUCCCAACAUGCCCAUCACAUCUCACAUGUGUCCGCACAUCCUCAACAACACUCUCAGCACUCCCAGCUGUCCCAGCACUCUCGACACACACAGCACCCACAACAUUCCCAGCAUAACCAUCCCCAUUCCCACCCACACAGCCACCCUCACAUGGAGCUGAAGAAGUCUUCAGAUGGUACGGACAAUGCCUACUUGUGUAACACGCCAGAUGUGCAGCAGGCUCGACAAAGCCAGGUCCCCCUCUCUCUGAUGGAUUCACCACCAGACCCUCCCCAGCAAACUCACAUGCUGCAGUCUGUCCUUUCCCAUACCGCCCGCACUAAGAUGGACCCCCAGCAAGCCUCGCAACAGCAACAUCCUUUGAGCCAGCAGGCCAUCAUGGGUUCUGCUGGAGGAGCAGGCCCUGCUGGGGUGGAAUCCCACCCACAGAACCAGUCUUCACAGUUGCAACUCCAGCUUCAGACUCAGAGUAUGGACACCCACUACAGCCUUGGAGGACAGCCAAGAGAUCAAACCCAAGCCAGUCAGAACUCAGUGUCUCCCCUAGACAUGCUAGACCAAUCCCUUUCCCAGACGAAUAGCAGAGACAGUGGAGGAGCUCUGGAUAGGACUGCAGUUGGGAUUGGUGUAACAGGAGGAGAUGGAGGUGUUGGAGACAGACAUAGACAGCAGCACAGACUUACACCCCACCACCAUCCCCAACAAACAGCCUCAGAUCUUCACGAUUUCCUCUCUGAACCAGAUUUGGGCUUGUCCACAUCCUCGCACUUGCACCACCUCAACCAGGCUCAGGCCCAUGCCCACCACCAACAGCAAGCACACACUCACCAUCAGCUGUCACACUCUCAGUUAGCUCACCCACACUCCCACAGGAUGGCAGCAAAUAUGGGAACACCCCAACAACAGCCACAGCCCCAACCGAGAGAACCUGAAAACCAGCUGUCACACUCCCAGUUAGACCAGCUCAAGCAGCACCAGUAUGACACAGUGAGCCCACCAGGUAAAGCAGGGCCGACUCAAAAUCAGCAACAGGAGCAACAGCAGCGGUUUGCCUCACUAACAUCGAUCUGCUUUCCAGACUCUCUCUUAAACGAUGAAGAUCGCUCGUUCUUUCCUGGGAUGGAGGACAUGUUUUGUUCUGCUGAUUACAAGUCAAGCUGUGCUGGGGAUUCUGGGGCAGGACAGGCUGGUCAAGAAAGCAUUACCCAGGGUCCUGGGCAAGGGCAGGAGGGCAUGGAGGCCUUAAAAGCAGCAGGUGCUGGGGAGCGCUAUGAUAUGGUCGGUCAUCACAGUGAUCAAGGGUAUGGACAGUAUUGCCACAGCCUUCCAGGAACAGGAAAUGGCAAUCUGCACUUAGACCUUGACGCUAUGAAGACCCACGAGCUUCCCUCCACUGUGAAUACUGACCAGCUUGGCCUCAUCCAGUCCCAGACUCCCACUAUGGGAUUGGGCUCAGGAGUUCAAGGGGAUGGUUCGAUCAACAAGAUGAUGGGAGCUGUGGGAGUAGGUGGGAGUUCAAACCCUGCUGGUCUGACCUCACCUAUUUUCUGUUCCUCGCGACCCAAGAAGCUGCUGAAGACCAGUUCGUUUCACCUGCUUAAACAGCGGCGAGAGCCACAACCUCAAACAAAGAAAAACUAUGCCCAGGAGUAUGAAUUUGAGGACGAUGAGGAUAAAGCUGAUGGUCCAGCUGAUAUUCGCCUCAACAGUCGACGCCUUCCUGACUUGCUCCCUGACUUGGUGUCUAGUUGUAGGAAGGCUGGUGGGGCAUCAGGAGUAAGUGGGCUUAGUCCACUGAUUGGUGAAAUGGACUUCUGCCACCCCUCCAACUUCACUUCCCUUGGACACCCUCAACAACUCAUCCCCCAGGAUGGCCCUAAGAAAAGAGGCAGGAAACCAACUAAACCAAAACGUGAAGGCCCUCCUCGCCCACGAGGUAGACCACGAAUACGUCCUCUUCCAGAGCCUCCUUACUGCAGGGGGCUGACGGGAUCAGUGCCUGGAGAAAGUAAGAGAGGUCGUGGGCGGGGUCGAGGCCGAGGCAGGAAGGAGGAAGGACUCGUGGAUAUGCAUCGUGAUAUGAACAAAGCACAAAGCGUCCCAUAUCAGCAGCAGCAGCAGCAGCAGCAGCAGCAGCAUCUUCCACAGCAACACUUCAGCCAACAGCAGCACCUCCAGCAUCAUCCACACCAACAUCACAGACAACAACCAGAUCUACACCAAGCACCACUGCAACAACAGCACCACCUGCAUCAUCAGCAGCAGCAUGUGCCCUGUUCUCACCAACCGCAUCACCAACAGCAACAACAUCAUCAUCAACAACAUCAACAGCAGCCGUCCCAGCAGCCACAACAAGAGCCAAUCAGACCUAUCAAGAUCAAACUGCCCCUCCCCACCAUGCCUCCAUCAGAAUCCUUGUUGAGGACAGACUCACUGUCCAGCACUGAGCCGGUCCUGUCUGAUGGAUCGGUGGGGUCAGCACCAUCUCUGGGCCCGAGUCCUGGACCCAGCACCACCAUGGACAUCAGCAGAAAUGAGCUGAACCAGACGCAAGACAAGAUGAUGAAGCAGCAGCAGAAAGUUGGAGAGAUGACGUGGAAGAAAGAAAUUGACGAUCCACUGAAUCCUGAAGCCUGGGCUGCUAUGCAGAAACUCUCCAGUUCAACUGAUGAGAAAGCUUUUGACUUCAAACCUGGCUUCAUGGCCUCUUUUUUGGACUUCCUGAAGACAGGAAAGAAACAGACAGGCCUUGAAGCAGGACAUGAUGGAGGUGAAGAAGAAGCCCUGAAUCCCUGCUCCUCUCUGAAGGGAGGGAUCAGACCCCUAUCCCCACCUCCUCCCUUAACAUCAACCCCUCCACAGCAGCCUCCAGGGACCUUCAGUGAGGAAGGGGAUGAUGAGGGAGCAGACCUGGCUCUCAGCAAUUGCCCAAGUCCCUGCAAGCCUCUGGAUGAGGAGCUGAAAAGGAACCUGGAGACGCUGCCCUCCUUCUCCUCUGAUGAGGAGGACUCAGUCAGUAAAAACCAGGACCUGCAGAAGAGCAUCUCAUCUGCCAUCUCUGCCCUCUACGACACCCCACACUCUCUGGCUGCUGCCAUGGCCUCUGUCAUGGCCAAGGGCCCAUCCAGUCUGUCCCCACCUACCCCACAGGAGCCGCCGCUCAGCCCCCCUCUUCCUGCCAUGCCUCCCCUCAUCCCCUCCACCAGUAUGGAGCCUGGAAAGGACGAGGCACUCACAUACACUCAGCAUCACACACAGGACGAGGAAGAACAGAAUCAAGAAGAAGUAGAAGAGAGAGAGGCUGAGCAAAGAGGAGAACAUGAAGAUGAAGAGGAGGGAGGAGUAGAGACUGCAGACAAUGAAGAAAUGAUGAGAGAUCCAGAGAAUCUGCUGCAUGAAGGUCUGGAUGAGCAGGAGGAGGCGGAAGAAGAAGAAGAGGACGAGGAGGAGGAGGAGGAGAGGAUGUCUGAAAUGCAGAUGUCAGAGGUUCUGAAAGUUGAAGAUUCUCCGUCAGGACCUGUGCUUGCUCCGGCACCUCCAUCCCCUUCACCGUCAAUCUCUCCCUCACCCCCCACCUACUCCUCACCCUCGCCCCUCCCUCCCCUGUGUCUCUCUGAGCCCUCCCCUCUGCCAAUCCAGCAGGAAGAGGAAGAGUUGAAUCCAACAUAUCCUCCUCCUGAGCAGCAGCAGCAGGCCUCCUACCAACUGGCUCCACCCGCUGGCACCUCCCCACCCCCCUCCACCUCCCCUCCGGCCGUCCCCUCUUCACCCCUCUCCAAUCUUCCCUUGGCCCAGUCCAUACCCCCUCCGUCCACCACACCACCCCCAUCAUCCUCUGAUCAGGACCAGGAACCUGAAGCCGGGCAGCCAUCCCCCUCCUCAUCCUCCUCUUCCUCGCCCUCUUCAUCAUCGUCUCCACCUCCAUCCCCUCCAACCCCGGAGGAGGCCCCGGCACCCCAGCGUCUUACUUCCCUGCACCUGGCGAAGAAGCAGGCUGACGCCGCCAUCGCUGGUGAGAGUGAGGAGGAGGACAGUGAGAGUGGAGGUGAAGGAAUCUUCCGGGAGAGGGAUGAGUUUGUGGUUCGAACUGAGGACAUCGGUACUCUGAAGAUGGCCUUACAGACAGGCCGAGAGCCCCCACCAAUCUGGAGAGUGCAGAAAGCCUUGCUCCAGAAAUUCAGCCCAGAGAUCAAAGAUGGUCAAAGACAGUUCUGUGCAACCAGUAAUUAUCUUGGUUACUUCGGUGAUGCAAAGAUGCGUUACCAACGUUUGUAUGUGAAGUUCUUGGAGAACGUCAACAAGAAAGAUUAUGUCAGAGUGUGUUCCAGAAAGCCGUGGCACAGAGCCGGCCUGUCUCUGAGGCGGCAGUCUCUACCUAAACAGCUGCCCACCGUCCACAAUCAAACCCCACCUCGAGUGGAGAGAGACGACAGAGACAAGGAGAGACCGAAAGAGAGAGAGAGAGAGAAAGAACAAAGAGAUAGAGAACACAGGGAGAAAGUUGAAAAGGAGCAUAAGGAGAGAGAGCAAAAAGAGAAGGAGAAACAGGAGAGGGAGCAAAAAGAGAGGGAGAGGAGAGAGAAAGAGAAGAUGGAGAGAGAAAAAGAGGACAGAGAGCAAAGGGAGAGGGAGCGCAGAGAAAAGGAGAAAAAAAUGGAACGGGAGAGAGAAGGGGAAAGAAGGGAGAAAGAGAGGGAGAGGAAAGAGAAGGAGCAAAAGGACAGGGAGGCAAAGGAGUAUGAGAAAGAGCAGAAAGAGAGGGAGCUGAAAGAGAGGGAGAAGAGGAUCAGGGAGCAGAGAGAGAAGGAGAAACAGGAAAGGGAGUGGAAAGAGUGGGAGAGACAGGAGAGAGAACGGAAAGAAAGGGAGAAACAGGAGAGGGAGAGGAAAGAGAGGGAACAAAAAGAGAGGGAAAGGAAAGAGAGGGAGCAAAAAGAGAGGGAGAAACAGGAGAGGGAAGAAAGAGAGGAACGAGAGAGGAGAGUCGGAGCAGUGGAGUGUGUGAGGUUGAAGGAGGAGAAGAGAGGAGGAGAGAAGAUGCAGCGUCAGUCCAAAGCCAAGACUUCACAGGACAAAGCUGAGCCUCCUCCUAAGAAGAGGAAGAAGUGGCUGAAGGAGGUUCCAUCCUCUUCCUCUGAGUCUGACUCCUCUCCACCCAGUGAUGACGAAGGGCCUGUGCGUGGUGGAGUUAACAGCCGAGCCAUGAGGGAGAUGUUCAGGAGCUACGUGGAGAUGUUGGUCAGCACAGCACUCGACCCUGAUAUGAUCCAAGCACUGGAAGACACCGACGAUGAGUUGUACCUCCCACCCAUGAGGAAGAUUGAUAGUCUGAUCAGUGAUCAGAAGAAGAGGUUGUUGAGGAGGAUGAACAUGAGUGCUCAGCACCAGGAGGUUUUACACAUAUUCCCCAAAAUGACAGCAGACCAACUAGAAACUGGAGCUGUCAAAAUACACCUUGGUGGGGAAGGUUACAACCGCAAAACUCUGAACCGGGUUAAGAGGAGUAUUCCUAAGCAACAGGAUCUGAAGCUCUCUAUUGAAACUUGCCGGAUCUACAGUCUGUAUCAUUCCCUUCACCACUACAAGUAUCACACCUUCCUGCAUUGCAAGAAGGAGACGGACAGUAUCGAGCAGGCGGCAGAGGACCCUGGCCAGGAGGAGGUGGUGCAGCAGUGCAUGGCCAACCAAGGCUGGCUGGAGAGCCUCUUUAACUCCUUUAUGGAGCUGCUUAGCCUCAGUACCAAGGCUUGA